AUGUCUGACGAAAUCGUUUGGCAAAUCAUAAACCGUGAGCGGCCUGUGCAACCGCCAAAGUUGCCCCCUCGCCAACAGCCGAUCGAACGAUCGCACAUGCCCUCGAAAUGGUGGGAGAAGAUCAAGCUCUCCAAGAACUACCAAGAAGCGCUCCAGCAAAUCGAAGGCCGGCUGCAAUACUUUCCGAAAUUCCUCCUCCACAAAUGCAAGCAACGUCUUACCCGACUAGUCCAAGUGGCGACCCGCAUGCGCAGGAUAGCGGCGGAGGAGACCAGGCUAGGCGAACAACUCGUUCCGAAAAUGGCGCCCAAGAUCAAACACCGGGAGGAGGCCAGAGAGCGCAAGGCAUUGAUGGCGGCGAAAUUGGAGCGGACGAUCGAGAGAGAGCUGCUCGAGAGAUUGCGGCAGGGCGCAUACGGCGACAUGCCGCUCAACUGCAACGCCAACAUCUGGAAGAAGGUCCUGAAUGCGCUCGAGACGGAGGGCGAGGGUGUCCGGGACAAGGAUCUCGACAAGGGCAUCGAGGACGAGGACGAGGUCGAGGAUGAGCUCGAGAAGGAGAUGGAAGAGGAGGACGAGGAAGAGGAUGGUGCGGUGGAGUACGUGUCCGACUUCGAUGAGAGCGACGACGAAGAGCUAGCCGACAUUGAAGAUUGGCUGGGCAGCGACGAGGACGACGAGGAGGAUGACGAUGACGAGGAGGACAGCGAGGAGGACGACGAAGAAGAGGUCAAGAAGAAGAAGGCGGGCGACAAGCGGAAGAGAGGUCGCGCGGUCAAGCCUGCGGCACGGAAACGGAAGGAGAUCGAGGUGGAGAGGGAGACAGAGAAGGCAAAGCUGCUUGCAUUUUAA